AUGUCUUCCGAUGAACGAAAGAUCGCGGAGCGUAUGCUCAUGAACGAGUUGAAAGAGUUGCAAAAGGAAAACUGGGUGGACGUCGAGCCACGUGAUGGAAAUCUAUUCCUCUGGGACGUCGCCUUGAUCGUCGUAAAUCCGACCUCGUUGUACUCGGGUGCCUAUCUCAAGGCUGAACUGAAAAUCCCGAAAAACUACCCUAUGAGCCCACCCGAAUUCCGCUUCGCCCGCCCACUAUUCCACCCGAAUAUUUACAAGGACGGCAAGCUAUGCAUCUCCAUCCUCCACGCACCAGGCGAAGACGAGACAUCAGGAGAACUUCCGUCGGAACGCUGGUCGCCAGCGCAGCGCAUAUUCACCGUCCUCAUCUCCAUCCUAUCCCUUCUGGACGAUGCCGAGGUCUCAAGCGCAGCCAAUGUUGACGCUGGCGUCAUGCUGCGAAAAGACCCAGAGGGCUACAAGAAGGUGGUUCGGGAGAACGUCGAGGCCUCUAGGAGAGACAUUCCAGAGGGAUUCCAUAUGCCUCUGACUGUAGAGAGCGCCCCACCAGAGAAGGAAGAGGUUGAUGACGACUUUUGGUGCGAGUCUGAGAUGGAGAGCGACUUUGGCGAGGACGACAGCGACGAGGAGAUGACGUUCGACGAUGAUGAGGAAUCCGACCCUGAGACUGUUCACUACAACACUCCCAAUACUACAUCGCCAACACUCCUGAAGACCAUCUUUGAAUCGAUACUCUUGAGAACGUUGCAUUGUGUUUACAUAAUAAUUCCCGUUCAAAUUUCCUCUUGUUCGGCAUCAACAUCUUACAGUGAUCCUUCACGGAGUCUUCAUGGCGGUCUUGGAAUUAUCUGUGUUGUUGUUUUUGUCAAAUUCUGGGGAAAGUGUUUCCCUGUCGGAAAAGCUCUCCCCCCUUCUUUGCCAAGUUCCUCGUUUCUUCUGAGGCUCUGUAACCGCCAAUCAGCAUAUGCCGCUUUGGAAGAGAUUCUCAUGGUCUCCUCUAGAGUUAAUCACAGACAGCUACUCGGUUGUUCUCUCAAUCCCUCAAUCCUUCCAGAAAUAUCAAUUUCCUAUUGUCGCCCACUGGCCUCGAGGCGGUUCCGUGUUAACAUUCGCUCCAAGAAUGUCUUUGGAUGCUGCCAUGCCGAUGAUCGCUAUACAUGGAGUUUUCCUAGACGCUAUGCGACUGAGCGUACAUCUAAGAUAUAUCUAGAGGGUGGGUUGUGA